UAUUGAUCGGAGAAACCACAGAACCUCGUUACAUACCCCUUUCAAAAUAUUCCCUAAGGUGUAAAGUGCCCGUUUCAAAAUAUUCAGAAGGUCACGCCCCCCUUGGCGUACGUUUGCCGACCAACAUUCACCUUACCAAAAUUAGCCAAUCAAUAGUGACUUCAGAUUAUUAUUUAUUGUCUUUAUUAGCCUUCGUGUAAUGGCAUUUGAGAGAAAUGGAUGGAUGGGUCAGCGAGUCACGGAAGUUGAUGGACAACCGAGCUCUGUGGCUGUAGUUCACAUAUCUACCACGUGGGCGAUAGUAACAUGAUGGCAACUUAAUUAGUGGCUGGCGUUACAGUGCUGUUUUAUUUUUCUUGUUUUUCCUUUAGUUUUUGUUGAGUCUGUCCAAAACAGUGAAUGCAAUUUCGUAAACAAUGAGUCUUGAACCAAUGGCAACAUCAGCCUCAUCUGUUACAGCAAUGGAAACUACCGAAGAGCUUUCUCCAAGGGACCCGUCGAAGGAAUGUGAAUACUUUCAUAUGGUUAUUAGGCCGAUGUUGACCCCGGGUCAUGAGGGUGAACUUUGCGAAUGGAUGAAAGAAAUGGGAUUGUUACGACGAGGGUGGCGAUGCACAAAUGAAGACUGCAAAGGAGCACGUAGCUACAUGGUGUGGAAUAAAGCUAGAGUUGUCGAUAAAUAUAAUUGGGCCUGUCCAAAUUGCUCAAGGAAAAUAUCAAUACGUGAAGGUUCCUUCUUUGUACACAUAAAGUGUGAAUUAAAGCAUAUAUUUCAAGUGAUUUUGGGAUGGUGCGAAAAAGUAUCAAGUGAAAUCACAGCCAAGAACUUAGAAUUGAAAAACCAUGUUGUUGCAAGGAUUUAUGAAAGAUGCACUGAAGUUGCCAGUAAAUAUGUUAAUUAUCAUAACCAUGCGUGGUCCCUGGGAGGAGAUAAUGCAGUUGUUGUUAUUGAUGUGUUUCCUGAUGGGUACAUGACGUCAACUCCACCUGUUAAUGAAACUACUGGCAAAAAGAAUUCAACAAAGAAGAGAAUCCUCUGUAUUGCUGACACAAGUUUUAUGCCAGCUCGGAUUUGGGCAAAAAUACUAGAUCAGGAUACAACAGGGGGCCCAAGACCUGGGGUGAUUGAGGAAGCUCUUAAUCAUGUAACACAGCAUGUCCGUCCAGGUUCUACCCUUGUUGCCAAUGACAGAGCAAAAUACUGCCCCUAUGAAGCAAUACAAACCCUUGAAGGUUACCCAAAUAUAAUAAGUGUGGAAACUCUUAUAGAACUUGACUUGCCUGGAACCAAACGUAUUCAAGAAAAUCUUGAAACUAUUUGGGCUAAUGUUGUGCAAGUGUGUGAGGAAGUUCAAGAAGUUCCGAAGAAGGUUGGGUCCAUGAUUCUUGAUGAAUUCAUGUGGCGUCAACUAUUUGCACAGACUACUUCAACUGCACUGGAAUCUAUUCUGCAUCACAUCGCUGAUCAAUAUGUUGACGAAGAGUGACAUAAUUGAGACAUGACUAAAUUUACAUUUUUUAUCCAGAUAUCUGAGUAAAUCAGAGAUCCUGAACUAUGUGCAAUUUACAGAUGUUAAGCUAAUUGUAUGCUGGGUGAUGCAAAAGUCGUCUUGCUUCUUUCUCUUUUCUUCUAUGAGAUCCCAAAUUUGUUUGCUUCUGAAUCUCGUAGUGCAAGGUCUUUUUGAUUGCACUCCUAGCAAAAGUUGAGAACAGGUUUGUUUGAAUAUGAGUUCAAAUGAAUAAUUUCGUAGUAAUAUUACUCUUUUUCUAUUCAGAACUUCUCUAUUCUUCUUUUAUAAAGUUCACAAACAAGGAUUUUAACUGAGUAAUAUUAUAACAUUUCAUUAUUAUUGCUUUGAAGUUUAGUUUAGAUAUGGUUAAAAAUUUGGAUAGUUAUGAAUCUAAAACAGCAUCUGCAGAAUUAGUUGUGAUUGCAAGAUAAUUAUUGUGAGAAGAAAGAAGUCUAUGAAUAUUGACGUAAUAGAAUUAUUGAAACCGAAAUGGAAUUAAUUUGGGAGUUUAUGUUCCUUAGUAGGUACCUGUGAGCAUGCUAAUGGUGAAGUUAUUCCCUCAGUUGUGAAAAGAUUGCAAAAUUACAGGUAGAAGAUCAUCAAUCUAGUAUAUACUCAAAAUUGCAAAAUAAGGUUUUGGUUGAACUUGAGUAAUUUAUAUUUGUUAUGAAAAGAUAAAAAUAUAUUUGAGAAAUUUCUUUACAUAUUUGUCAUAUAUUUAAUUAUUGGUGUUUUUAUACGAGUUGAUAAAUAUUUUGACAUUUGGUUUAAUAUAUUUCAUUAGGUUAGCAUUAGGAAGAGUCUUUAAGCCUCUUCUUGUAAUUCACAGGAUAGGCACUGUUUUCUUAAAUCUACUAUUAAAAAGAGGAAGUUUCUAACUACAUCUAUGAAUUAAAAGCAUUGUUUAAUGUAUAUAUGAUAUUGUUAUGACUAAAGUUUGGAUGGGAAAGUUUACAACAAUUAAAAAAAUGUAUAAGAUGAACAUCAUUGGAUAUUAUUACAGAUAAACUUAAAAAUUAGAAUUAAUUGUCUAUCACAACUCGGAAGAACAAGAUUAAUUUGAAAUAGACUUUUUCUAAAGUGGUUGAAUUUUGUUUCAAUUUAAUCAGUUAAUGUCCAAAUUGUUACAAGAUGUUUAAAAACGAUUGCCUCUUAUUCUGAGGAUGCUGUGCUGAUAGAAAUAUUUCAGCUUGCUUUGCGAGAUAAAUUGUUCUGUAGAUCAUGCAAACAGUGUUGUUAAUAUUCUUUUUUUUUAUUCCAUGUUGGACUUUUAAUCGCCCGGCACAUCAAUAUUUUAUGCUUACGUAGACAUGGAAAGUACUUAUAUUGACCUUCAAUUUUUUACUUGUUAUAAGCUCUACAUUUGUUCACACUAGUACUAAAAUAUUUAUUAGAGCAUAGGCUUCCAUGGCUGGAGUCGGAAUAUACUUGAUUGUCUCGGAGGUGCCACACCCUAGGCCCAGGUGCCAACGUUUCGCCCGCCAUUCUGCGCUUUCUGGAUUUUGCCCUGAGGAAGGUCACUGUAGCAACUGAAAUGUUGGCACUUGUGCCUAGGAUGUAGCAUCUCACAGACAGCCAAGUAAAUACUAAAAUAUUUAUUGACUCAUUCACAUAUUCACUAACAAGUUUACUUGUUAAGGUCAUGUAUAUUGCAACACUAUCUUAAAAUGUCUGUGCCAUUGGUUACGGUUGAUCUCAUAUUUUUAUUUUUGGGAAUUGUUAGGCUUGUAUAUAUGAAAGUGCACUUGGUUAAUUUUGGGAUUGUUAUAUAAGGUUAGGAAAACUUUGUAACUGAUAGCACUCAAGUUACAUAUUCAGUGCUCGUGUUAAUAUAUUAUUAAUUUAUUUACAAUUUCAAUGAGUAAAAUUUUUUUGUGACCGAUUGAUUUCAUUUCCUAAUUUGUUUGACUUUUGUGCAACUUGAGUAAAUAUUGGUUAUAAUACAAAUACAUUUUUAACAAUCAGGAUGGGGGCAGAAUGUGCUCGCAGAAUUUAAGUAAAAAUUAAUGAGAUAAUAUGCAGACGAUCAACCAAGUGUUACUUCCCAGUUGCAAGUUUCAGAGUACAAGUAAUGACUAUCCUGAAUAUGUCAUCUGAUUAAAACGGAAACUCAGUGUUGCAUUUCUUCAUUAUAAAUCAUAAAACUCAUUUUUGUACAAUUUAAUUGAUAAAUCAAAUCAUAUUAUGUACAUAAUUGAAAUUAUCAUUCGUGUAGAAUGAUACUUCAUCUAUUUAGUGUGAACAUUUUGUAGAGUUUUGGUUUUAUACAAAGAUGUUAACAAACUGUGCAGUACAAACCAUUUGUAGGAUGUACCAAAUUAUCAGGCCAACAUCCUAACAUUUCUGGCCAUGUAAGAUCAUACUAUUCAUGGUAGAAGUUACAUUAAACAUUGGCCUGGAGGUACAUUGUGCAGUGAAAGCCAUAAAUUAAGCUUUAUUAUUGGUUGUUACUAUUUUGCUUUGGGCGGCGACUUUGCACUUCAUAACGUUUUUAAAUAUAAGUGAGUGCCACUAACACAGAGAUGUGGUUGGGCAUGGUGACGUAGAUCAGUAUUUUUUUACAAAACAUAGAUGUAAUGUAUAUAUUCUACUACAGUACAUAUAAAAAUAUAGUAUCAUUUACAAUUAUGUUAAAUGUUGAUAACAAAGAGAUUUUAUAUAAUGUGAAAAAUAAAUUUUAUAUCUUGUGGUCUAGUGUUGCUGAAGUUCAUCAUUUCAUAUUUUAUUAAAUUUUUCUACAGACAACAUUGUUAUAGUUGAAAAUAAUUACUGCCUGAAUGUUUCACAUGUUUAUCUGUUACCAUGUCAUGAUAUAUGAAUAACUUGGAACUCUUGGGACUUCCAUGUUGACAAUCAGUCUUCCUCAGGCUGAAAUGUAAAAUGUUCAAUUGAUGCAAUUGUAAUUUGCUAUGUGCCUAUCUCAUAAGAGUGCCAAUUAUUGAUUUUAAAUUCCAAAGUAUUUUCACUGUUUUUGCACUAAACUUAAAAAGUCAUGAUAAAACACCAUAUAUGACUUGUAUAUUCACAUGUUGAAUGGUCUUGUCAUGAGCACCAUUUGUGUCACUUUUCUGGAGUUGGUUAAAUUUUUCAUGUCAACUAAGUUUUAAUUCAUUGAACUGAAACAUUGUGCAUUAAGAGGAACAAUAUGUUAUCAACCUUUCUCCAUGCUCCGUUCUCUCCAAUAGAAAAUAAUUUGUACAACAGGCUCAAAACUAUAUUAGUAUGGUUGCGGCUGAAUAUAAAAACUGCUUUGAAUAAUAAGUGAAUGAGCUUAACUGUGGUGCAACUGAGAAGCAAGUUUCGGCAAACAGUAAUGUGUUGUGCACAUUUAAUGUCAUUUGCUCCACUGGGCCUAAACUUGUCCUAAUAUAUUUGUAUCAUAAAGUUUUGUACUUCUAUUUCAAGCCUUUAUAAAUAAUUUCAGAAAUAUAUUUGUUAAAAAAAAUCACUUUCAAAAAAUAACAAUGUAUUUUUUUAUGGGUGAUGGUGUUUUGCGAAGUAAUACUUGAUGUAUAUCGCAUCUUUUGUGCUGUUAUUUUGAAGGUUUGGAAAUUGAUUUGCAUAUUAUUAAUUUUCAUAGUUUAUUGUGAAAACAUUUGUACAAGACUACUUAAGCAGUUGAUAUAUUUCUCUGUUAAACAAUAUUCACUUAACAUUUGGUCAAUUAUAGAAAAAGGCCUAGGUCAUCAUUUGAUGCAUCAAAAGACAAUCAAAUGAUGCAGAUUUUUAAUGUGAUAGUUUAUGUUUUCAGCUAUUAGUGCUGUAUUGCUGCCUUGUAAUACAAAUAAUGGCUCAAUUCUUAUUAGAUAUAUCAUUACAUCAUAAAGUGUGAGCAGAUGAAUUACUCUUAUAAUUAACUUCAUGCUGCCUUUCACAUUAAGAUUAAAAAGGGGAAACUGCAAGCAGAGGUAUAAUACAGUGUAAACGAUCAAUUUAUUUCUCUUGAAUCUAUACUCAUGUUCUUGCAAGUAAUUCAGAAGAAGGAAGGUGUGGAAUAGCAACCAAAGUGUGAUUCAUUGCAAAAUUUUUAUCACUGUAAUGUUUGCAUGUAUGAUCCCUUAAUCAGAAUGUGAAAAUUCUUGUGCUUGUAAACCAAUUUUAUGUUAAUGCAGAAAUAUUUUUGUGUGAAUUAGUUAGUGUUUAUAUUAUCUUCAAAAGCAAUAUCCAAUGCCAAAGGAAAGCAUUAGUCUUUCAAUUUUUCAUUUUAUUUGGAAAAAAUUGUGUUGUAUGUUCAAAUUUUUAUUUUGAAGCCUGAUUGUUCAAAAUUUAAUGUCUUAGUAAAGAAAGCAAUAGAAUAUUCUGGUAAUUAACUUGUGGGGCACUACUCUGGUGGAAAUUUUAAUUCAUCAGGCAGCUAAAGUGCAAGUAAGAAUGAAUGAAUCAAAAUUUGAGGAGUAUAGCAGUGCAGAGUGCUUAGUUGAAUUCUAUUGUUAAUUUCGAAAUGUCUCAAAAAAUUUUUAUUUUUAGCAGGAUGGAUCAUAUAAUAUUUUCUAAGUAAUUUGUGCAGAUUCAGUAUUUUUUGAAGUAAUAAUUGUACUAUAUUUUACACUUGUUUUUCUUUAAAAGAAUUUAUUUAUUUUUAAUUUUAUGCCUUGAAAUACUAUCUUACAGUAUUCCACAACAGCAUUUAAAGUUACCGUUAGCACUUAAAAUUCUUGCCGAAUACCCUAUUGCAGAUGUACAGUUAUUCUAUUUUCACAAAAUAAAAAAUUAUAUAAUAAUACAUAAUACAUUUGCUAUAUUUUAUUUUUGAAUUUUAGGAAUAGUACGAUAUAUUAAGUUAGCACAAAAAUGGCAACCUGUUAUUUUGUGUGUGUUUGUGAGUUCCUGUUGUGAGCCUUCAUGUAGUCACAAGUAAUAAUUUGCAUAUGUUUUUCAAUGCACAUCUAUUUUUGUUUUCUCUACGUGUUUGAUAUUGGGUGCGCAAUUAGACUGGUCUCUGCUUGUUCCUUAGAAUAUGCAGUUUACUGAGGCUUAAUAUUCCUUGAUAGUGUUUGUAGGAAAAUGUGUAUAAUUAGAUGAACACUAUUCUUUAAGAGUAAGAUAAUGAAAUCUUGAGUGCCUUUCUUAAUGCAAAAUCAAAACAAAAAAAGCACACAAUGCUUGGGCCUUAAUUUUAACUGUUUGUUUGUUUCCUUUGUUUUUUCAUUGUAGUUUUCAGAAUUAUUUAUCUUUCUUUUUUGGACAAUCUUAGUGCUGUUUGUGCUUCAUUCUCUUCAGUUAAAUGGAAGGAGUUUGAGUGGGCCAGCAUGAACAAUUUUUGAAAAAUUCAAUAUACUGAAAAAGUUCAGACUGUGUCCAAUAAAAAUUUUGAACUUUUGGCAAAGGCCAAUAUGAAAUUGCAAAAUUUGUAGAAGCGUAAAUGUCUGGUUUUCUUUUUCAUAGAAAUAAUUCUUCCAAAUAUGUUCUGAAAAUAUUUCACACUCAUGAUAAUUUAUUUAUGGUUUUAUUAUAUCUGUGUGCUAAAUUGCUCAUUUAAUUUUAUUUUCAUUUUGAAUUGUAUGUAGCUUUUACUUUGCUGUGGCAGUAUUAUACAAUAUAUUUGUUCACUAUUUGUGUAUAAAAGAAAUACAGACAUAAUUACUUGUUAUUUGAAGAACUCGCUAUAUAUUUUUUGAAAGAUGUGGUGUUUUUGUGUUGGAUUAUAAUUUUAUUGUACUUGAUUAUUAGAAUAUUCAUUGUUAAGUUAAGGUUUUACUUAAUGCUUGUUUUUUUUUUUGCUCUAUUGAACUUUGUCUUCUAUAUAACAUUAGUCAAAGCUAAUUGUAAUGUUAUUUUUAUAAUAAAAAAUAUAUUGUAAUAAAUUUCAGAAAAUAUUGAUUAUUCAAUGUUGAAAUAAAAUUACAUUGCUCUUGUUUGGCUUGCAAAUUCUGUGUACCCAUGUAUCUGAAUGUUUGUUACUAACAUUGCACAAGCUUUCUCGUAGAGUGCAGUUUGCAAAUCAUCCUCUCAUUGAUGGAUGGCAUAUCUACAUACUGUGUGAAAUACAGGUGCCUUUUGUAAGUGUCCUAUGAAUUUUGGGUUACAAGUUUUAUUCCAUGGUUCACUCAUCCCAUCAUGAAAGACUGUUUGUCACAUUAUAAUAAUUAUUAUUAUUAUAGAUAUAUUAAAAAUUAUAUUUUGUAUGUACAAGAUAUGUUAACCAUGGUUUAUAAAUAAAAUAAAUUUGUGGAGGUA